AAAAAAUCUUCAGUAUCCUUGGUAAAGAAGUUUUAUUCUUCAAUAUUGGCAAUCGGUUUCUGAUUCAUGCAAGUAGGCGAUCUUCUGUGUCUGACACGCUGUCGACUUUUUGGGUCUAAGGCAUGCCGGUUUCCCCGAGUCUCGAAAUAGUGGAUACAUUGAAGACUUUUGGUUUCUGCCAACAACACAAAGGCACCAUAAAGGAAAAAAAUAAUUUCCUAAAUGAUUCGGCCGACUCCUUUCCGAUAUGCUAAAACCACGAUCAAGAUCACAUCACUACAAAAUAAGGAUUUUAAUUUUGAUAUUGUUGAGUCACGAUGUUUACGCGCAACGCUUAUGGGAUCAAAAUUAUACACAGAACAAUGGGGACGUCGAAACAAUUCAAAAUAAUAAUGAAGAUUUUAGCGCGAUAAGUUCUGAUAAACAGAAUACAGAAAAAGAAGUUUAUCUAGCAGGCGCAGAUUAUAAACUAUACAAUAUAAUAAGCGAAAUGUCACACCAUAUAGGUGUCCACGAAAUCAAAGUCCAUUUCUUUUCCUACAGACACGAGAAAUUCAGUUAUAUGAUAAGUUUAAAUUCAUCCUUAAGUGUUUUAAAACAUUUGUUAUCUAAAUAUCCCCAUUAUUUUUAUAGGAAAUUUGAAAAUGAAAGUAGCUAUAAUUAUUUAAAUAAUUUAAUUAUAUUACCAGAUGAUGCAACUGAUAUUGAUUUUCCUGAUACAAGGUUAAACCAAUAUUAUAAUGAACAGGAUAUAUCGGGAAUAGACAGAGAUAUCGAAAAUCAUAGAGAUUACUAUGACUAUACUAUACCAAAUGAUAAAAUUUACAUAGGAAAGGAUAUAAAUGUCUAUGUCGAUAACAUAAUGAGCUCUGGUUUAAAUAGAAGUAAUAAUAUUUAUAAUACGCCAGCGAAAUGCGAUGAUAGUUAUUACGAGUUGGGAGAACCCGACGGACAAGAUUUUAAAGGAAAAGAUAUAAAUGUUAAUGUUUUUCAACCUAACACUGGAUAUAGUAACACGCUCAUCAGCAAUGACUUGCAAGAUAACAUUUACGAUAAAAAUGUCAAUCAGGAAGAAAAUGAGAUAAAAAUCUCAAGUGAUAAAAGCUAUAAAGGCAAAAUUAAUUUAGAGGAACAACAAACUCGCAACGACUUAAUAAGUGACGGUAAUGAUGACAAUAAUGUUAGUAAAGAAAAUCUCAAAGUUCCAUAUGGCGUAUAUAAUCAAGAUGAGCAAAUAUAUGAGUUCAAUUAUCCAAACAAUAAUUAUAAAGUCAAAAAUGUUAACGUUAAUGUUUUACUACCUGGCAACGAGGAAGAGCAAAUUCGUAACAAUCCUAAUGAUAACAAUAAUGUCAGUAAAGAAAAUCUUUUGGUUCCAUAUGAUGGUGAAUAUAAUCAAGAUGAGCGAAGUUAUACGUUCAAUUAUCCAAACAAUAAUAAUUAUAAAGGCAAAAAUGAAAACUUUACUGUGAUAGUAUCAGGUAACGAAGAACAAAAAAGUUGCAACGACUUAAUAAGUGACGGUAAUGAUGACAAUAAUGUCAGUGAAGAAAAUCUCGUGGUUCCAUACGAUGUUGUAUAUAAUCAAGAUGGACAACGCUGUGAAUUCAAUUAUCCAUGCAAUAAUUAUAAAGGCAAAAAUGAAAACGUUGCUGUGGCAGUGUCAGGCAACGAAGAACAACAAAGUCUCAACGACUUAAUAAGUGACGGUAAUGAUGACAAUAAUGUCAGUGAAGAAAAUCUCGUGGUUCCAUAUGAUGUUUUGUAUAAUCAAGACGAGCAAGGCUAUGAGUUUAACUAUCCAAAUAAUAAGUACAAAGGCGUAGAUAUAAACGUUGAUUUAAACGCAGUUACUGACCAUAACAAGGAUUAUAAGAGCAAUACUCGGGCGUUAACUAAUGCAUCUUACCUAAGGGGCUCUAGGAAACAGUUUUAUAAAGAUGACAAAGAUGUUGCAAAUGUGAUGGACCCUUUAGAAUAUGGGGUUUUAAAUUGGGCAGAUACUGAUAAUUACAGCGCAGAAGAAAUUAUAAACAUUAGUAAAGAUAUUAUUCCCCAAUAUAAUACAGGAAGUAACAGUGAAACAAAAAUCGACGUAGAAAAUCUUGAAGAUCUAUACUCUGGUAAGGUUUACGCCAAUUCACAAAGCGCUUUGACCAAAGUAGAUCAAGAAGCUGACUUAGUUGAUAUUUUAAAUACCAAAGGGUUAUUGGAAUAUCCAUCUGAAAUGUAUAGAUCAACAAAUAAUAUCGUUCUCGGUGAUGAGUUACUGCAAGGGCUACCACAAACACAAGAAACGGUGUUCUAUAAACCAUGCCGUCAGCAAGAAUGCACUUCACAGUCGAUUGAAUACGUCAUUGAUCAAGAGACAAAUAGCAUACAUACAAGGUUAGAUAGGGUAAAAGAACCGUUAGAAAAAACUUCUGGUACAUCUAUAGAAGACACUAUUCCCUGCUUUACUGCCUCUGAAAUCCUUGAUAUGGAACCAAAAACCCAUAAUUACUUAAAAAAGUAUCUUCAACCGAAAAUCAAUUAUGAAAUUCCAUGUCCUCAUAAAUUUAAAAGCAUUCCACACAAACUUAUUCAUAGAAAAACGUUUCGGCCCAAGGGACAAUUCCACUUAGAAGAUCCAGUUGACGACAUUUGUGACAUAGAUACUUCAUGUCCGAGUACGAAACCAUCUGCGAACGCAAAUGUUAUUACUGUACCUUAUCAUUUCGCGAAUGAAGAAAUUAAUUCUGGGAUACCGACUAAUGUAUUACCUAGUAUAAAAUCUUACAAAUCUUUUUACAGGCCGAAAACAUCUUAUAAUAAUAAUUUUUUAACACGACCCAGAUCAUAUAAUCCAAGUACAUCUACACAGGAAAAUACUACUCCACCACAAAAAGUAAUCCUUGGCCCACAAUACACCUACAAACCCUUAAUGACUCGCUUUACUAGAUACCAACCUCACGUACCCUUUCAGCUUACUUCGCCUUCUUUCGGAAAAAUUAAUGAUAGUCCAUUUAUUACUGUAUACAACAAACAUUCACACACUGUUAAAGAUAUAAAACCAUCAUAUAUGUCCUACGACAUGAGAACAUUAGCAAAUUAUAAAAAUAAGAACUUGAAACACAUUCAAAAUAAUCCAUCACAAAUAUUUCAAUUAAUAACAGUUCCCCAAAGAAAGCUUCAUUAUUAUGAUAUUGAGCAGACACAGAACUCCUAUAAAUAUUUAAGUAAAAGUCCUACUUUAAAAUUAAUGAAAGACAAAGAACAUGAGUUAGGUUCUAUAGAAUUUUCUCAACCCACAUUUUCGUAUUAUAAUCCAGUUCAAUUAACACACACUAAUAAUAUUCCCAAAAUGUAUUCAAUGUCAUGUGACUCUAUAAACAAACCUCAAGCAACCAUUUUAACUAAUAGUAACAUUAAAACAAAAAUAAAUCCAUUUUCAUGUAGUUAUAAUAUACCAAUACCUUACCAAAUUUCCCAAAACCCGACCUCAAUAUAUGCCGAUUUAAUUCAACAAAAUAAUUCAACGUUCAAUUUACCUAUAUUUUUACACACAAAAGGAUUCCAUUCCAUGCAACCAAGUCUUAAUAAAAAUAUUUAUAUAGAACCAGACCCUAAUCAUGUUGCAUCACAACCUGUUUACGACACUCCCGCUCCAUCUGGAAGUGUUACUACAGAAAUAUUUCAACCAUUUGCAAUAAGAAAAGAGAAUAUAGCAGCUACUUCUACUGUUAAUGUCCCUUGUAUGCAUACAAAUAUACACACGACACAUAAAAAUGUUAUUAAUGGUAUGUAUGAAACUCGACUUAAUGAUGGUAGUUUAUACCCUCAAACAAUGAGAAAGAGUAAUAAUAAUGGGCAAUAUACACAAUCCCCUUCACAAAUAGUUUGUGCUGCAGAGUUUACUCAAAAUUUAGGUAAACAAUAUCCACAUACCAAUGAGUUUCCUCAAACACACUAUCAUAUUGGACACUCAGGGUCAUCACAACCGGCGUACAAAAAGUCACAGUGGCCUAAAUUUGAUUAUACAAAACCCCAAAUUCUGUAUGAAAAACACGCAACCGUGGCACCUUCUAUAAAUCUAUGCCAAUCUAUAUAUACCAACUCUCCUGGAACAUUGACUAGUCCAAUAAAAUAUGAUAUGAACAAAAACGCGUAUUCCCAAAAGCAAUACAAGUUCAAUAAACAUCCUAAUUAUGUUCGAACACAAACUCAUCCAUGGCUUGAAAAUAAACCACUAACAUUUCAUGCUACUGAAACUCCUGGUUACUCGACAGCAGGUUACAUAUACAAUGGUCAGUCUCUAAUAACUCAACAAAACAGUAUUUAUGCUGUCACAAAUCAUGAACCUUAUAAAUCAACACAAAACAUUUGCGAACUAAAAUCUUCAAGUAGUAACCAUCCACCAUUAUAUACAAGCUAUAAUUUAAAAAAAUAUUAUAACCCAGUUUUAAAAUCACUUCCGACUGAUGCGACUCCAAAUGUAGCACCUUCCUAUAAAACGAAAUCAUAUGACAAUUCUAUAGAAAGUAGAGUUCUAUAUAGGAAUGACAUACCGUACGUAUCCUCAAAAAAGAAUACAUCAAGUAAGAUACAACAUUUUUCAGGAUCAGUGCCUCGCAAUCCAUUUACAAAUAUAAAUCCUUUAGUAUGGUAUGGAAGGGAAAACCCUAUAUACAAUAAACAAUUUAUUUCAGAUACGGAGUAUCCUGAAAGUAAUGCGUAUAACCUUUACAAAAAAGGAAAUUGUAAACAUUCUGCAGGAAAUUUCAAUUAUCAAAAUUAUAUACCAAAAUUAAAAGCGGAAUAUAAUACGUUUUACAAUCAAAAUCCAUCCAAUUUAAUACAAGAAAAUAAAAAUUUUACUAGUAGAAAACCCACCACACAUUUUCAGACAUCACAGAUGUAUUCAAUACUAACGCCGUCUUAUUCUACAACUAGUAAACCUAUUUCGCUUACAAUCCCACAAAACCCACAACCAUUUGAUGUAAAUCGAGACUCAUACGAUCAAGGUACCAUACAGAUAAAAACUCCAUCCUCUAAUAAUUUUAACCUCGAUAAACCUUGUCAGAAAAUUCCAGCCACAUUACAUUAUGAGUAUUCACCUUUUGUAAAUGAUCCAUGCAAAAUCCCUGCUGUAAGUAAAGAACAAUACUCACCUUUCGAAACAACGCAAUCUUCAUCUAAAUUUACUCAAUAUCCGGCAUUAUUUUAUCCUCAGCAAUUAGCAAGUCCGUACAUGUCUGAUAUGUUAAUAAAAUAUAAACAGAAGUGUCCGUGUUUUACAAAAAUAAAUACACUACAUGAUCAACCAGAUGAUUAUGUACAGUUAACACAAUCGCCAUCCUUUAAACCAUAUAUUUUUACUGAUGAUAAACUUAAUAAUCUGAACUUUGAUGUUCCUAAACAACAAAAUUUUAAAUACCUACCUAAAAAUCAAGAUGCUUAUCGAAACAAAUAUAAAACACAGAAAAGUAAUAUUAUGACAGGCUUGUCAUCCAUUGAACCAUAUAGUUUUGAUUACGGAGGUCCACCUCAUAAAACUUCAGAAACAAAAAUGUUGAAUAAACCAAGUACAAUAAAUAUAAAACAUUCAAAUACUCCUAUAAAUUAUCAAUCAUCAAAUCAAUAUAUAUCCACGAGCCCUAUUAUACCAGACUUCAGUAGUGAAAGUUGUCCGGCUUCACCUCACAUAGAUUAUGACCCAUGCGUUGAAACGAAUAGUAAUCCUACAAUGUCGAGUACAUUGCCACCUGCGUUAUCAGUCAGUAGUCAUCAAGUCUUUAACCCUGGAGAAUACCAGUCAAACUGGGAAGCAUUUAGUAAAUUAAUAAACAUAAAUAAGAAUACAAGUAAAGCUAUCAAUUCAAUUUAUACAUUCAUACCUACCAACGAACCUAACCGACAAAUAAAUCCCCAAAGGCAGAAUGCCUUUAUUAAAAGUCAGGACCUAUAUAAGAAGAUGAACUUUAAGCUAUCUAAUCCAGCUUAUGCAAAAUCUGUUAUACAUAACCCAGGACUAAAUGUAGAAUACAACGGGUCCCCAUUUAAUUCACAACUUAAUCCAGAAACUAGUUUACACGCAACAGUAAAGCCUUACGCACAGUCAUAUGCAAAUCAAAAUUCAAUUAAUAGAAAUGUACUUGAUACAAGUUCAUAUAACCAACAAUUAAAAACACUUCAUCAGCCCAAAUAUUAUAGUCCUGAAAACAAUAAUUACAUUAACUACCACAGUCCAUUUAAGGAUAAUAACCCAUACUAUUCUAAUGACAAUAUUAAUGACCCUAUGACACCAUACACAUCUAUAAAUCAAAGUCCGCAAUAUAAUCAAUUAAACGAUCAAACCCCUGAAUGGGCACUAAACAACAUUAAAGAUGUUUACAAAAACAAAAUUAAUGAGGAAAUCCCAAAAAUACUACCACUACAAUACUUCGAUGAUAACUUUAACGAUCCAAAUUCAAAUUUUAGCGAGAAACUCAGCGUUGACUUAGGCCGUUUAACAGUGGCAAAAUACGACGAUAAUAACCGAUAUUUAAUUAAAACUAAUAAUCCAUUGUUCAAUUUAUUAGUUUGGAAGUCAAAAAUCAAAACAUUAAAUGGGAAGUUAGUGAUACAAGUGAAAGAUUAUCCUGCAAUGAAUUUCUUGCCUGUUUUAAAAGGGCCUGUAUGUAUUGACGAAGCGAAUAGAUUAGCUAAAGAUAUUGUAACAAACAUGUAUGGUGAUCCACUAGUUUUAGAAGGUAAAUAUUCGAUGAAUGAGCCAUAUGCAGUAAAAUUAAAUGGUGGUGGUAAAAUAAAUGUUUUGUGGCCUGCACAAAUUAGUUGUUUAUAAAGUUGUUAAUUAAAAAAAUAAUUAUAUA